AUGGGACAAACAAGUCAAAAGUUUGGCAACAAUCUUCAAAUCUCUCAUCAUCAUUUUAGUGUUUUUUUGCUGCUGUCUUUCAUUUCAUGGUUUGGAUCGACCGAAGCAUACCAGAAUUACACGGUCGGAGACUCUUUGGGUUGGUAUGACAAACUUCUCAAGCCCACCGUCGAUUACCAGAAAUGGGUCGCCGGCAAGAACUUCAGCCUCGGUGAUUUUCUCAUAUUCAACACCGAUAACAACCGUUCAGUCAUUCAAACAUUCAACUUGACAACUUACCAGUAUUGCGAUUAUAACAAUGCGCAAGAUAAUGACACAAUAGAAUGGAUUAUCCUCGAUCUCUCAUCCACGUCCGUCCAAAAGGUGUCCAUUGAAGUUCCUUUAGUCACACUUGGCAUGAACUACUUCUUUUCCGGAAGCUAUGACGGUGAGCAAUGCAUGAAUGGUCAACGAUUCAAUAUAAAUGUUACUUAUGGUGAAGGUCUCCCCCCAAGCCUAAUAGCUGAUGAUGGUUCAUCUCAAACACCAGCUUUGAGUCCUGAAUCCGGUGGUGAUGAUGUUGAAUCGCCUCCUACUAAGUCAUUUGCAUCGAUUUUUGACCAUCCCGUUAACAACGGCGAUGUCACAGCCACAAUUGAUGACUCGAAAUCAAGAGCUUCAAUAGUCACUUGCAAUGUAAUGCAUAUAGUCUUGCUAUUGUUAGUGAUGAUUUACUCGGGUUUGUUAGGUUUUUGAUUUAUGGAAUUUGUUGCUAUAGAUAGUUUGUGCAAUAGCUAGGAAUCAUUUUUAUGAUUUUAGUUGUGUUUAAUCUCACAAAUACAACUUCAAAUAAAAUUUGCUAUUUCUUGUA